CAUUUUUUUAUCUCGGUCUCUCUCAUACACACACUCUCUCUGCCUCUCUUUUCUCGGAAAGAAAGAAACCUUUCACUGUUACAGUGUAGGGUUUCAGUUCUCUACCUCCUUCGUCCCUAGAAAUCGAAGGAGCAGAAGACGAAAACCCAAAACCCUAACUCGGUAACGUGCUCUGACUUCUAUACAGCCCCCUAAUUGCGGUCGAAUCGAUUUAUUGUCGUCUGCCUCGUCUCUUCAUUUCUUGAAUGCCGUCUACCGUUCACAGCUGAAAGUCUUGGUUUCACUGCUCAAAUCUAUGGAGAAAUCGCCCGUUUACGCAGGAUAUCGUCAAUGCUCUUCUCUGCGAUUAGAGCGGCUGUGACGAGAAGGGAUUGAAGAUUGCUUUUUUGAGCUUCUCUGAGGUUUUUUCUGUUUAUCUCUCAAUGUUGUGAGUUGGAAGAGAAGAGGAGAGCCAUGGAAGGAGACGAGCGGCGCCUUGUUCUGAUGGCAUGCGUUGUUUGCGGGACGCUAUUCUCCAUCUUGAGUUCACUUUCAUUUUCUGUACUUUGGUCUGUGAAUUGGCGGCCAUGGCGACUUUAUAGUUGGAUCUUUGCUAGAAAAUGGCCAGACAUUUUGCAAGGACCUCAAUUAGGUAUAAUUUGUGGUUUCCUAUCGUUGUUUGCAUGGAUAAUUGUUCUUUCUCCAAUUGUGGUACUUAUCAUUUGGGGGAGCUGGUUAAUUGCAAUUUUGGGUCGAGAUAUUAUUGGAUUGGCUGUGAUAAUGGCUGGCACUGCUCUUCUGUUGGCAUUUUAUGCUAUCAUGCUUUGGUGGAGAACACAAUGGCAAAGCUCAAGGGCUGUUGCUAUUCUUCUUCUUCUGGCUGUUGCAAUUCUCUGCGCAUACGAACUCUGUGCUGUAUAUGUCACAGCAGGUUCAAAUGCAUCCAAGCGCUAUUCACCCUCAGGCUUUUUCUUUGGUGUAUCAGCAAUUGCUUUGGCAAUCAACAUGCUCUUUAUUUGCAGAAUGGUCUUCAAUGGUACUGGCUUAGAUGUGGAUGAGUAUGUUAGGAAGUCAUACAAAUUUGCUUAUUCUGAUUGUAUUGAAGUGGGACCAGUGGCUUGCUUACCCGAACCACCAGAUCCGAAUGAAUUAUAUACUCGGAAAUCUAGUAGGGCUUCACAUCUUGGACUUCUUUAUCUUGGGUCUUUGUUUGUACUUGUUGUAUACUCCAUAUUAUAUGGAUUGACCGCAAAGGAGUCCCAUUGGUUGGGGGCCAUUACAUCAGCUGCUGUUGUUAUUCUAGAUUGGAACAUGGGUGCUUGCUUGUUUGGGUUUGAACUUCUCAAGAGCCGAGUUGCAGCACUAUUUGUUGCUGGAACUUCACGUGUUUUUCUCAUCUGCUUUGGAGUGCAUUAUUGGUAUCUUGGACAUUGUAUUAGUUAUGCUGUUGUUGCAUCUGUGCUGUUAGGGGCUGCUGUUUCUCGCCAUCUAUCAGUCACAAAUCCAUUAGCUGCAAGGAGAGAUGCACUACAGAGUACAGUAAUUCGCCUUAGGGAGGGGUUCAGACGUAAAGGACAGAAUAGUUCAUCGAGCUCUUCUGAAGGUUGCGGGUCUAGCGUGAAGCGUAGCAGUAGUGUUGAAGCAGGUCCACUUGUUAAUGGUAUUGAAACCAUCUCUAGAAGUACAACACUUUGCGCAGGUGAUGCUAGUAGUUGGAAUAAUGCUAUUCUAGGUAGAACUGCUAGUUCUCAUGAAGGUAUUAAUAGUGAUAAGAGCAUGGAUAGUGGAAGGCCAAGUUUAGCAUUGCGUAGUAGUUCCUGUCGUUCUGUUGUUCAAGAAUCUGAGGUUGCAAUUACAUCUGUUGAUAAACAAUUUGAUCAUACCAACUCUUUUGUGGUCUGUUCUAGUGGUGGCCUGGAAAGCCAGGGGUGCGAGUCAAGCACUUCAACUUUAGCCAAUCAACAGGCAUUGGAGUUAAAUUUAUCUUUUGCCUUCCAAGAGAGUCUGAAUGAUCCCAGGGUUACUUCUAUGUUGAAAAGAAGGGCAAGGCAAGGUGAUCAUGAAUUGGCUAGCCUAUUGCAAGAUAAAGGACUGGAUCCAAAUUUUGCUGUUAUGUUGAAAGAGAAGGGAUUGGAUCCCACUAUUCUGGCAUUACUACAGAGAAGUAGCUUAGAUGCAGAUAGAGAUCAUAGAGACAAUACAGAUAUCACUGUCAUUGACUCAAACAGCCUAGACAAUACCAUCCCCAACCAGAUUUCAUUGUCAGAAGAACUGAGGCGCCAUGGAUUGGAAAAAUGGCUAGAUUUCUCUAGAUUUGUUUUGCAUCAAAUAGCAGGUACCCCAGAGCGAGCAUGGGUUUUGUUUAGUUUUAUAUUCAUCCUUGAAACAGUUGUUGUGGCCAUUUUUCGUCCAAAGACAAUUAAAGUGAUAAAUGCCACGCAUCAACAGUUCGAAUUUGGCUUUUCUGUUCUGCUUUUAUCCCCUGUUGUUUGUUCGAUAAUGGCAUUCCUUCGCUCACUUCAAUCAGAAGAAAUGGCUAUGACUUCAAAACCUCGCAAGUAUGGUUUCAUUGCCUGGCUGUUGAGCACCUGUGUAGGCUUGCUGCUUUCCUUUUUGAGCAAAUCAUCAGUUCUACUUGGCUUGGCUUUGACUGUUCCCCUCAUGGUGGCGUGCCUAUCUAUUGCCCUUCCUAUAUGGAUCCGUAAUGGCUACGAGUUUUGGGUUCGACGUGUUGACUGUGCAAGUCAUGGGGGAAAUCAUCAAAAUUCUGGGACAAAGGAGGGUAUUAUUCUUGCUGUUUGCAUAUUGGUUUUUACUGGAUCUCUCUUAGCUCUUGGUGGAAUAGUAUCUGCAAAGCCUUUGGAUGAUUUAGGAUACAAGGGGUGGACUGGGGACGAGAAAGGUUUCACUUCUCCUUAUGCAUCACCAGUUUAUCUUGGGUGGGCUAUGGCUUCAACAAUUGCUUUGAUUGUUACUGGUGUACUGCCUAUUGUCUCCUGGUUUGCAACAUAUCGUUUUUCUAUGUCUUCUGCUAUAUGUGCUGGAAUAUUUGCUGUUGUUCUUGUGGCAUUUUGCGGUGCAUCUUAUUUGGAGGUGGUGAAUUCCCGGGAUGACCGAGUACCUACAAAUGGUGAUUUCCUUGCUUCUUUACUCCCAUUGGUGUGCAUCCCAGCAGUGCUAUCACUUUUUUGUGGUCUGCAUAAAUGGAAGGACGAUGACUGGAGACUUUCUAGAGGUGUUUAUGUAUUUGUUGGUAUUGGUCUUUUGCUUUCGCUUGGGGCAAUCUCAGCUGUUAUAGCUAUAGUUAAACCUUGGACGAUAGGAGUUGCAUUCCUUUUAGUUCUCCUUCUCGUUGUCCUGGCUAUUGGUGUUGUCCACUACUGGGCUUCAAAUAAUUUCUAUUUGACGAGGGCACAGAUGUUCCUAGUUUGCUUCCUUGCAUUUCUUUUGGCUUUAGCUGCAUUUGUUGUUGGAUUAUUAGAUGAUAAACCCUUUGUUGGGGCAAGUGUUGGUUACUUCUCAUUUCUGUUUCUUCUUGCUGGGAGAGCAUUGACUGUGCUGCUUUCACCUCCAGUUGUAGUUUAUUCUCCAAGAGUGUUGCCUGUGUAUGUUUAUGAUGCACAUGCUGAUUCUGCAAAAAAUGUCAGUGCUGCAUUUCUUGUUCUAUAUGGGAUUGCAUUGGCCACUGAGGGCUGGGGUGUUGUUGCUAGUUUGAUAAUUUAUCCACCAUUUGCUGGGGCAGCUGUAUCAGCAAUUACACUUGUUGUAGCUUUUGGGUUUGCUGUAUCUCGUCCUUGCUUGACACUGAAGAUGAUGGAGGAUGCUGUGCAUUUUCUCAGUAAAGAAACUGUUGUUCAAGCAAUUGCUCGAUCAGCAACUAAAACUAGAAAUGCUAUUUCUGGAACUUAUUCUGCACCACAGAGGUCAGCUAGUUCGGCUGCUCUUCUAGUUGGUGAUCCUACUGUUAUGCGGGACAGGGCAGGGAAUUUUGUUCUUCCAAGAGCAGAUGUUAUGAAAUUGAGAGAUCGCUUGAGAAAUGAAGAAUUAGCUGCAGGGUUAUUCUUUGCCAGAAUGAGAGUUGGUAGGACAUUCCGGCAUGAAUCAUCCAGUGAUGUGGGACACAGGAGGGAAAUGUGUGCUCAUGCACGCAUUCUGGCAUUAGAAGAGGCAAUUGAUACAGAAUGGGUGUACAUGUGGGACAAGUUUGGUGGUUAUUUGCUUCUUUUGCUUGGUCUAACAGCUAAAGCAGAGCGGGUGCAGGAUGAGGUCCGUUUGAGACUGUUUCUUGAUAGCAUUGGUUUUUCGGACCUAAGUGCUAAGAAGAUUAAGAAAUGGUUGCCUGAAGACCGCAGGCAGUUUGAACUUAUUCAGGAGAGCUACAUAAAGGAAAAAGAGAUGGAAGAGGAAAUCUUAAUGCAGAGGCGUGAAGAGGAAGGCAAGGGAAAAGAGAGAAGGAAGGCACUUUUGGAGAAGGAAGAACGUAAAUGGAAAGAGAUAGAAGCUUCUCUAAUAUCCUCUAUUCCAAAUGUUGGUAGUAGGGAGGCUGCUGCAAUGGCAGCUGCUGUUCGUGCUGUGGGUGGUGACUCUGUUUUGGAUGACUCUUUUGCUCGAGAGCGGGUUGCCAGCAUUGCUCACCGUAUUCGCACAGCUCAGCUAGCUCGUAGGGCACAACAGACGGGAGUUCCUGGUGCUAUAUGUAUUCUUGAUGAUGAACCUCUAGCUGGUGGAAGGCAUUGUGGCAAGAUUGAUUCCAGCAUUUGUCUAAGUAAAAAAGUAAGCUUUUCUAUUGCAGUCAUGAUCCAGCCCGAGUCUGGGCCGGUUUGUCUUUUAGGUACUGAGUACCAGAAGAAAGUUUGCUGGGAAAUCUUGGUUGCUGGUUCAGAACAAGGCAUUGAGGCUGGACAGGUUGGACUGAGAUUAGUUACUAAAGGUGACAGGCAAACUACUGUUGCAAAGGAAUGGAGUGUUGGUGCAACAUGUAUUGCUGAUGGAAGGUGGCAUAUUGUGACAGUGACUAUUGAUGCUGACCUAGGUGAGGCAACUUGCUAUUUAGAUGGUGCCUUUGAUGCAUACCAGAGUGGGUUGCCUUUGCACACAGGCAAUGGAAUUUGGGAUCAGGGAACUGAGGUCUGGGUUGGCAUUAGGCCACCAACUGAUUUGGAUGCCUUUGGGAGGUCAGAUAGUGAAGGAGCUGAUUCCAAAAUGCAUAUCAUGGAUGCUUUCCUAUGGGGAAGGUGUUUGACUGAAGAUGAGAUUGGGGCUGUCCAUGCUGCUACGAGUUCAACUGAGUAUGGCAUGAUAGAUCUACCAGAUGAUGGCUGGCAGUGGGCAGAUUCACCUUCAAGAGUAGAUGAGUGGGAAAGUGACCCUGCAGAUGUUGAUAUAUAUGAUCGGGAUGAUGUAGAUUGGGAUGGUCAGUAUUCAAGUGGAAGGAAAAGAAGGCCAGACCGUGACGGUGUGGCAAUAGAUAUGGAUUCUUUAGCGAGAAAGUUGAGAAAACCUAGGAUGGAAACCCAAGAAGAAAUUAAUCAACGGAUGCGAUCAGUUGAGAUGGCUGUUAAGGAAGCUCUAUCUGCAAGAGGGGAAGCCCAUUUUACAGACCAAGAGUUCCCUCCUAGUGAUCAGUCUUUGUUUGUGGACCCAGAAAAUCCCCCUUCAAAGUUGCAGGUCGUUUCUGCAUGGAUGAGACCAGCAGACAUUGUGAAGGAAAACCGUAUGGAUUCUCAUCCAUGUUUGUUUUCUGGGGCUGCAAACCCAUCUGAUGUUUGUCAGGGUCGGUUAGGUGACUGCUGGUUCUUGAGUGCUGUUGCUGUUUUGACUGAGGUUUCUCGAAUAUCACAAGUAAUAAUUACUCCAGAGUUUAAUGAGGAAGGAGUUUAUACAGUUCGCUUCUGUAUUCAGGGUGAAUGGGUCCCUGUUGUUGUUGAUGAUUGGAUUCCUUGUGAAUCGCCGGGAAAGCCAGCAUUUGCUACAAGUAGGAAGGGAAAUGAACUCUGGGUUUCAAUAUUGGAGAAGGCAUAUGCCAAGCUUCAUGGCUCUUAUGAAGCACUGGAAGGUGGGCUUGUCCAAGAUGCCCUUGUGGACCUUACUGGAGGAGCUGGUGAGGAGAUUGACAUGAGGAGUGCUCAAGCCCAGAUUGAUCUCGCGAGUGGAAGACUUUGGUCUCAACUUCUGCGCUUCAAGCAGGAAGGGUUUCUACUUGGUGCUGGAAGUCCAUCAGGUUCAGAUGUGCACAUCUCUUCCAGUGGAAUUGUUCAAGGGCAUGCUUACUCAGUAUUGCAGGUAAGAGAGGUAGAUGGCCACAAGCUGGUUCAGAUCCGAAAUCCCUGGGCCAAUGAAGUUGAGUGGAAUGGACCAUGGUCUGACUCCUCACCUGAAUGGACUGAUAGGAUGAAACACAAGCUGAAGCAUGUUCCUCAGUCGAAAGAUGGCAUUUUCUGGAUGUCUUGGCAAGACUUCCAGAUUCACUUUCGUUCAAUAUAUGUUUGCCGUAUCUAUCCCCCGGAGAUGCGUUAUUCUGUGCAUGGGCAGUGGCGUGGUUAUAGUGCUGGCGGUUGUCAAGAUUAUGAUACAUGGCAUCAAAAUCCACAGUUUCGGUUGAGGGCUUCUGGGCCAGAGGCUUCAUUUCCAAUUCAUGUGUUCAUUACCUUGACUCAGGGGGUGAGUUUCUCAAAGAAGGCAGCUGGUUUCAGGAAUUACCAAUCCAGUCAUGAUUCAAUGAUGUUCUACAUUGGGAUGCGGAUUCUCAAGACACGUGGCCGUCGUGCUGCUUACAACAUUUACUUACAUGAAUCAGUUGGUGGAACGGAUUAUGUCAACUCUCGGGAAAUAUCAUGUGAAAUGGUCCUGGAACCCGAUCCCAAGGGAUACACUAUUGUUCCCACAACUAUCCAUCCAGGGGAGGAAGCACCAUUUGUUCUCUCUGUUUUCACCAAGGCAGCAAUAACACUGGAUGCUAUAUGAUACAAUAUGGUGGCCUUCUGUUGGUGAAUCAUACUGUACUACAGUUGGGGUGCUUCUGCAUGGUUUUGGAUUGCUCGCCAUGUCCUUGGAUUGUGCAUGCCAGCAGGCAGAUUUCAAUUGGUUCAUAGUUGUUUUCAACAGGGUGAGUCGAUCCAAGGGCUGUGGUUGAAUCUUGGCAACAAGGGCAGCAUUUGGCAGCAAUUUGAUGGGAUUCUUCAGUUGUGCUCUUUUGUGACCUCAGGGCUACACGGGAUCCAUUAUUCUUGGAUGAAAUGGACAUAUGGAAGAUCCAACUUUUGGGUUAAAGCCUUAAAAGGGCAAAUGGUGUGUAUGGGGACGGAAUGAAUAGGCACUUCUAUCAUUCCUUGUGUGACGGUGUCAGAGGAGGGUUGGUGGUUCAAUCUGUAAAUAGUGGUGUAACGGGGCUGGAAUGGUAUAGGUGUUGUCAAAGUAUUGUAAAGUUAAAAAAAUGAGGAAAAGAAAAGAAAAGGAAUAGAAAAAUAAAUUAUUGUGUUUUUCAUUGGGGGGAGGGAAUAAGAUGGGCCAUGGCAGCUGGGAAGGGGUUUGCUUUGAGUUUCAGCUGCAGUUUUUCUCAGUUGGCCACUGUAGAGAAUGCUUCUUGUAUUGUAUGUAUAUCGUUCUUUUUCUUGCAAUAUAAUGCCCCCAAUUUUUAAUGCUUCAUUUAACA